UUUAUUAUCAUUAUUAUGAUAGCUAUCAGUAUUAACUCAUUAUUCUUAUUGUUAUUGAGGUUAUCAUAUCAUAAUUAUUAUCAUUAUUGUUAUCAAUAUCAGAACAAUUCUUUUACUAACGAGAGUGAAACAUUUUCUAAGAGCAACAACGUUCUCCACCAGAUAUACAGCUUAGUGGAAUGGCAAAAGCUUUCAGAGUACAUUCUCUCUCGGAGUUCGUCCUACGAGACCCCCUCCAAUCUGUUCCACCAUUUCCAAAACAAGAGCCUCAGAAUAGGGCUGAAGUUCGGCAGCGAAGUAGAUGCCGGCAAUUUCAACACUGCGGUGCAGGCGAUGCGGGGCGGGAAGCGCACCAGACCAGAGGGGCGCCCUAAACCCCCGAACGUCCCUCCUCCUCCACGCCCCCCGCUUAGUCCGAGUGCCGUCCCAUCGCAGAAGGAAGAAGGGGAGAUACUCGCGAAGAAGGAAGGAAGAAAGGAGGAAGAGAAGUCAGAGGGAGAAGUCAGAGGGGCGUCUCCGUCUGUUUUCCCGUCUCUGGGGGAGAAGGUUCCCUCACCCAAGAAAAAACCCGUCGCCAAAAGGAUUUCGAAGGAGAUGAUCGGGAAACCGACCAACUUCCAGCAUCUCUGUCACGUGGGCUUCAAUCCCGAGGCGGGCUUCCUCUCAGAUGAAGCUAAUCACAAAGAACUGCAGGCGCACUUCGCGUCGAAAGGAGACACCCCCAUUCGUCCUGCGCCUCCUCCUCCUCCGCCGCCGCCUUCAACAAGGAUGCUCAAGUCACCAAAGAACAAUACUAUCCUUCCCCUCGAGCCUUCCCCCUCACGAGACAUCCAUGAUUCGGCUGACGCGGACGACGACGACUUGGACAGAAACGUUUCGCUCAAUUCCUUCUCUUCCCAGGAUGCUCUUAACGCGUCUACUGACAGCAUCGAAGCGCCUUCGGCCGUUUUGAACUCUACCUCAGACUCAAGCUUCACCAACACCGCCUUUAGUGGUGAUACUCUUGCUUCCGUCGACACGAGUCUUCUGGACGUUGACCUUAUAGUGCUUGAAAGUCCAGCACCUUCCCCGUCUGUGUUUGUCUUUCCUGACGCCGACGACCAAGCGCGCGACGAAACACCGGCGUCUCCCGAAGCAGAGCCAGUACUCGACUCACCAGCAAGAGAACCAGAGGACCCGACGAGUGCCUCCAAGCCCGAGCAAGAGCUCUUCGACUCGUCACACCUGGACGCGUCGCCGUCUUCACGAGCGGACGAAUCCAGAUCCUCGCACGAUGAGCUCGACGAAUCCACGGAGGAUGAGAUCAUCGAUAUCCUGACGCCGCCGACGCCUCCUCCUCCGCGCCGAAGGACGAACCGACUUCAGGACAUUGGCAGACCCCCGGAGCACCCCCCUCCUCCUCCUCCUCACCCACCGUCCACGCAUUAAUGACUCCCAUUAGAUAUUUAGAUUUCUAUUUAUGAUUAAGAUUGUUAAAAAAAAAGAAAAAAAAAACUUUCAAAGAACUUUACAAAUACCUAUAUGACGAUGAUAUUCCUGUCGAUUAAAACUGAAGAGUAAAAUCUGCCCCAUUUUCCUAUCCCCCUAAGUAACGUAUACAUUUCUCACUAGGGCACCCACUGUAGACCCGAUGGAAUAGGUGGAUAAAGAACUAAAUGGAAACACACGCACCUUCCUACAUAUGUGUAUAAUGAUGAUGAUAUCAACAACACUUCCUUCUUCUCCUCCUCCUGGUGCUUCUACUGUUAGUACUGUUAAUUCCUAUCUUCACCAUUAUUAUCGUUAUUAUUACUAUUAUUAUUAUUACUAUUAUUGCUAUUAUUAUUAUUAUCACUAUUAUAAAAAAAAUAUUAUUACUACUGUUAUUAUUGUUGUUGUUGUUAUUACUAUUACUAUUAUCAUUAUUAUUAUUAUAAUUAUUAUUACUAUUAUUAUUAUCAUUAUUAUUAUAAUUAUUAUUGUCAUUACUGUUAUCAUCAUCAUUAUUAGUUUUUAUUUUUAUAAUUAUGGUUCUUAUUAUUAUCAUUAUUGCUGUUAUUAUCAUUAUCAUCAUCACCAUCCUCAUCAUUGUUAUUGUCAUUAUUAUUAUCAUUUAUAAUAAUAACAAAAAUGAUAAUAAUAAUAACAAUAAUAAUAAUUAUCAUUAUUAUUAUUAUUGUUAUCAUUAUCAGUAUUAUCAUUUUUAUCCUUAUCCUCAUUAUUAUAUGAUUAUCAUUAUAAAUCAUUAUUAUUAUAUUUUCAUUAUAAUUAUCAUUAUAACUUUUAUUACAAAUCUUUA